ACUACACAUUUGAAACACUACACAAAUUAUAAAAAAAUUUUAAGAAAUUGAAUUAACUUAUAAAAUUAAUGAUAAUUAAGCAACUAAAUAGGAUAUACAUAUUAACUGAAAAAGUAUUUAAUAUUCAAUUGAAAAAUUUUUCAGCGCUAUCAUAAAAUUAAGUUACAAAGCUCAUUUUUCUAAUUGAUAACAUUAAGUGGGUAGGGCAUUUACUAAAGAUACAAUUAGUAUUUGAUCAUAUUAUAAAACGCUAAAUAAAUAUUUUUGUGUAGAAAAUAAAUAAUAGUAUUCCAAAAAUAAAAUCAAUACAAUGGCCAAAAAUACUUCUAGUUCAACAUUUAGAAAAAUUGAUGUUGAUCAAUAUAACGAAGAUAAUUUUAUAUUAGAGGAUGAGUCAGAUUCUGGUAAAAAAGGUCCCGAUGAAAAUGAAAUAUCCGGGUUACUUAGCGUAGGAAAAUAUAAUGAGGCUUUACUAAACGUGUUACAAAAUGCACCUUUGGAUUGUAAGAACCAGCAAAUCAAAGAUCAUGCUUUAAAUAUCGCUUUAAAAGUCUUGCUUUCUAUAAAGUAUUCUCAAAUGGAUUCCGCUAUCAAUACUUUAGAGCAACAUAAUUUGUUGGAUGUAUUAAUGAAGUAUAUUUAUCGAGGAUUUGAAAAACCUUCGGAAGGGUCAAGCGGUCAUUUAUUGCAAUGGCAUGAAAAAACAUUUGCAAAAAGUGGCGUUGGCUCAAUAGUACGAGUUUUGACUGAUACCAAUAGAGCAUGAAAAUAAUAUUAAUUUUAGGAUAUAAAGGAUAUAAAACAUUUCAGAUUUUAUUUGCAUUUAUCAAUGUAAACUUGUUUUUAACAUUAUCUGUUUUUCGAUAGUAUGUACUAAUUUGUAAUUACAAUAUACUUACAUAAAAUAAAGA